AUGAUUCGGCUGAGGGCAGGGAAGGAGACCAACUUUGAUGUCCUGAAGUCCAAUGAGCUCGCCUUUCGCCGCUGCUCCCAGGACAGGGAGUUCAACAGAGCUAGCGGCCAGCUGGACCUCAAGGGCGCGUUCGACCGAGUCCACCACGGGUGGCUGAUCGCCACAUUAAAAGACCAGGGGUGGCCGAGAUGGGUGGUCCGAUGGGUGACGUCCUUCCUGGCGGACCGAACAGCGACUCUGACCUUUGACGACUGGGAGGCGGAGCCAUUAAAGGUGCCGGCCGGCGUGCCACAGGGUUCGCCCCUAUCCCCUCUCCUAUUCAUCCUCUUUAGCACCCCACUCUUCCAGAGGCAAGGGAUAUCGAAGGAGUAG